GUCGCAAUACAACAAAAGCUAAGUGCUGACAGCUAAGCAGCACGCUUGCUCUACAAUCAUGUAGAAGACAGGGCGCGUUCCAGAUUGCCAGCUUAUGUGUCUCGUCGGACACUCCAUACUGACCGAUGCGGUAGGGAACAUCCAAUUUCAGAAGGAAGCUCUGCCGAUUGUGGUGCUUGCUUGUCUGGUGACGUAUCCAAUGCUGCUAGGCUAUCUCCAUGUUUGUUCAUCGUCUCGCUUCCUGGCGCUUAUGAACGUGAGCAGCAUAUCUCGUCGGCUGCGGCAUGCUUCAACACAUCAGAUGGAUCUCAACUGGGCCACAGGAGAAAGGUCGAUAUUGGGGUUGAUGAUGAGGGAGACAGAGAACAUUGUGAUGGCAGGCAACUAGGGCAUGUCAAGGCCGUUGCCAAGGUACCAGGUACGAUCACAGCACGGAUACCAGUACUAGCGAAGAGUCCCAGGCUCACCUAGAGCUUCGAAUCUCACACCGGCUCUCC